AUGAUUAGAUGUUUUCCAAAUGUCCGCCACUGUGAUAUCGAUGAGUGUAAAUCCUCGCCCUGUCACCAUAACGCAACUUGUACCAACACGUUGGGUUCCUACCAGUGCGACUGCAACGCAGGGUUUCAGACAUCAGCUUCGUCCAUCGGACUCCGUGCAAAGAAGAACUGUGAAGAUAUUGAUGAAUGCAAAUCCGCACCCUGUGGCAAAAACACGUUUUGUGACAACACGCCAGGUUCCUACCAAUGCAACUGCGUCGCAGGGUUUCAUGCAUCAGCUGCGACCACUGGCAUCGGUGCAGAGGACUGCGAAGAUAUCGAUGAGUGUAAAUCCUCGCCCUGUCACCAUAACGCAACUUGUACCAACACGCUGGGUUCCUACCAGUGCGACUGCAACGCAGGGUUUAACGCAUCAGCUUCAUCCACCGGACUCCGUGCAAAUAAGACCUGUGAAGAUAUCGAUGAGUGUAAAUCUUUGCCCUGUCACCAUAACGCAACUUGUAACAACACGCUGGGUUCCUACCAGUGCGACUGCAAAUCAGGGUUUAACGCAUCAGCUUCGUCCACCGGACUCCAUGCAAAUAAGACCUGUGAAGAUAUCGAUGAGUGUGAAUCCUCGCCCUGUCACCAUAACGCAACUUGUACCAACACGCUGGGUUCCUACCAGUGCGACUGCAAAUCAGGGUUUAACGCAUCAGCUUCAUCCACUGGACUCCGUGCAAAUAAGACCUGUGAAGACGUGGACGAAUGCGAGCAUGGGCACCAGUGCAGCGCCAACAUGACCUGUCGCAACACCUUUGGGAGUUACCUCUGUGUCUGUGGAGCGGGAUAUCACCCAGAGCCGGGACAGACGCACCAGGCCUGUCAAGUCGAUCCACUCAAUUGUUCCAGCCCGGGAAAGCAGAAUUCCACGGUUCAGCGGUCCAGUUCCGAGCAGUUAACCUCUGCAAAAGACAUGCUGGACAACCUUGCUUACUUCCAAAAUAAAAUAUGUCAGAAUUUCAACAUGGAUAGUGAUGUCAAGGUCAUGGAAACCUUUACAAACACGGUUCUCAAUCGCUCACUGCCGGAAAUCAUGGACACAAAAGAAAGGCUGGAGGUAGUAACAGCCAUAUUGGAUUUUGUGGACAAUAUGGCCAUGGCGAUAGCUCUCGCUUUGCCCAGUUCAGACACGAAGACCAUCAAAACAGAUGAAUUUGAGCUGAAGGUCCAGGUGAUUGAGAAGAAGAAUAGCAGUGAGGACCAGUUGGUGGAGAUGCAGGUUAAGAGCAAUGUCAUGAAGAUAUUCUGGAGUUCAAUCACUGGAGGCACUAACCCUGAGUUUGCGGCUGUUUCCUUUCUCGUAUUCAACGACAUGGAAUCCGUGUUGAACAGAGAGAUUAAAGGGGGAAACUCACCUCCGAGGACGGUCACAUUGAACUCCAAGGUGGUCUCAGCCACGAUCAGCAACAAAGCCGCCAGCUCCAAGCUGCAAGAAAUGGUCAAUUUCACUCUGAAACUAAACCAGGAACAGAAAGACAACAAGAAGCCAACGUGUGUGUUUUGGAAGACGACGGAAGGGGAAAGUGUCUGGUCCAGUAAGGGUUGUGUGACGUAUGGUUUCAAUCAGACACAUGUGGACUGCCAGUGUGACCACCUCACAAGCUUUGCUAUUUUAAUGGCACUUGUUGAACCUAAGGAUGACCGACACUUGGAGGUGAUCACCUACAUCUUCCUCAUCAUCUCUCUGCUGUGCCUCGCCGCCUCCAUCGCCAUCUUUGUCAACUGCGGCUCCAUCCAGAACGCCAACACCAUCGUCCACAAACAUCUGAGCAUCACCCUCUUCCUGGCACAGUUCGUCUUCCUGAUAGGAAUGCCGAUUAAACAGCCGGUGGUGUGUGGCCUGAUUGCAGGCUGUUUGCAUUACCUCUUCCUUGCCGUCUUCGUCUGGAUGUUCCUGGAGAGUUUGCAGCUUUUCAUCAUGUCCAGGCACCUCACCGUCACAAACUACAGCCGAACGCACAUCAUCAAACUAAAAUACCUCUACAUUUCCAGCUACGCCGUGCCUGCUGUGAUAGUCAUUAUCUCCGCUGCAAUAAAACCCAAAGGCUACGGGUCAAAAAAACACUGUUGGCUGAGCCUGGAGUCAGGCAUCCGCUGGAGUUUCCUGGGACCGGUCUGCCUGGUGAUCGUGGUCAACACGGUGCUGCUAGCUUGGACUCUCGGCCUACUGAGGAAACAUUUUGCCUCACGCAACAAGGAAGUGUCGAAGCUCAAAGAAACCAGAACCCUGACCCUCAAGGCUGCCGCACGGAUGCUUGUUUUGGGAACCACCUGGAUCUUCGGGAUAUUCCAGGUGAAUGAGAACACCAUGGUGUUCUCCCACUUGUUCACCAUCAUCAACAGUCUGCAGGGGCUGUUUGUUUUCCUCAUUUACUGCGUCUUCAACCGCCAGGUGGCGACUCAAUGUCGGAAAUGGUUGACCAGGAAGUACAAGAGUUUCACCACCGAAUCGUCAGAGAUUGAGAUGAGCACGACUGAGACUUAUAAAACGUUAUAAGCGGAAGAUUCAAGACUCGAGGACAAGAUUUAUCUCAGUGGAUUUUCCUCCUUUCAUGCUCUCUCACUGUCGUUCCUCAUCUCCCUCUGCUUUCCAUCCCGAAGAUUGUGGGUUGAAGUCACGCUCC